AUGUACUGGGGCUUACCUGGAUCAGGGAUGGCAGUUGCUUGGAACUUGUUGUCAUUAUUCACAGAAUGUGGGAUGCUAUGUUUGGAGAUUAGCAUAGAGGCUUUCUUGCUCCAGGAUAAUUAUGCAAAUGGAUUAGAAGCACUUGCUCAUAUUUUCCUUAUUUCGGGUUCUGUUGGAGCUGUUGAUCUACUUAUCCAAGUCUGUUGCUACAUACUAUUCGUUCAUUACUCAAAGUGGAGGGAUAAGUUGCCACCAAAGCCAUCAUUCUACAACUAUGUCGUUGUCAUGUUCAUAGUAAACGUUGCGGGAUUAUUUGCUAGUGGACUGUCUGGAAUUGGUUUUGGCUUAGGAUUUUGGUUGUACAAUCUCAUGAUUAUCUGUCAUCACUCCCUUUAUCUCCCUUUCCUGUAUGCAACUUUCCUCGCUGACUUUUUCCAGGAGGAAGAUUGGCUUUUGGAUAAUGCAUAUUACUCAGAGAUGAAAGAUGCUGGUUUUUUCGAUUCUGCUUCGGCUGCUCCUGCUUUGGAUAUAAGUGGUAGUGUAUCCAGAAUUCUCGAUGAUCAUUGGGCAAGCGGGAAUAAGCGGAAGGAUCCCGAACCUGCCCUUUCCAUUUCAUCGAGCCGUCAAGCAUACAAAGAUGGUUUACAACAUGGGCUGGAAAACAUUAUUGUCUGUGCUUUAUCUAUUUUCGAAGCUGCACGAUUCAUUGCGAUAGAAGAUUUAAUUGCGGAGAACUAUGAGCUGGGAACUACGCUCAACAAGAUGCACGUUGAUCUUGUUAAUUUCUGGAAGAAAUCAAGUAGAAGUAUAAUUAUCAACGAACCAUUUGACAGUGAAGACGACUAUAGGGAAGAGAAGUUGUACAAUCUCAUGAUUAUCUGUUGUCACUCCCUUUAUCUCCCUUUCAUGUAUGCAAUUUUCCUCGCCGACCUUUUCCAUGCACUCAUUGAAGAAAGUAGAUUCAUGACUUUUGACAUGUGCAGGAGGAAGAUUGGCUUUUGGAUAAUGCAUAUUACUCAGAGAUGA